GUUUUCAGACUCUUCGCCAAUACGUACGUCACUGUCCGAUUGAAUUCGUCUUAAUUGAGAAACUCGUCAUAGUGAUUCGCUUGUGGUAUUUCUAUUGAAUUUAACCAACGGAUUCAUUACUUAUAAAAUUACGUGAUGAGAUUAAAUUAUAAAGAAAACCAGUAAAUAACAUAAAUGCGAUACAAAAAUGUCAAAAAGAUAAUCCUGAGAGUUCCUGUCGCCUAUUAAGCGGUGCAUAUUAUCAAGAAAUGAACUCCGAGGCACGAUGUUACUUCAAUACUAUGGCAUAUCGCUCUUCAAAUGUAAUUUUGGGAAUUACGUUACGACUGUAAAUAGACGAUAAUACCAAAGUGGACAUAAAAAUCGACAAAUAAAUCAGCGUUCAUCGUCAGUACAACUCUGAAAAUUGUACGCACCUACGUGUUUAUUUAAGAACCCAAACACGAUGAAAUAAAAGAAAUGCUAAAGAAAGAAACAUAAACAGUCCCUCUGGAUACUUUUGGAGGUGUGACGUGAAGCAGUUGGCGGUCGUAAAACUCAUAUUAAAUCCUUAAGCAGCAUGAUAUGAUAGUUAAUUGUGUGGAAAAAGAGGACAUGCUAGAGAAUCCCACAUUAUAUGGAAUAAGCAAUUUAAAACGAAACACGUGAGUUUUUCAUAUGAAAAAAUAUAUCCAAAUUUUCGUAGAUAUUUGCCAUGAAUAUUUUUCAUUCGGUCCAAUUAAUCGAAUUAUUUAAUUAUGAUUUAUGAAUACACGCGCGUGAGUAACCAGAUGUGUUUGUUUCAUUCCGUUGUAUUAUUGGCUUGUGUAAAGCCUGCAUUAUUUUAUUACCAAUUUUUGAGUUCCACUCUUAUCGAAGGUUGAAGAACAAAAGGAACAUUCUAAUUUCUGAAGCGGUGGGCCUGAAGCGGUAGUUAAUUAUCAAAAAAAAACCUCUCAAUUACCUGUAUCACGUUUUACGUGUAAAAACCUAUUAAGGAGGUAGUAUUUAGUAAUACUCAACUAGUAUUUGUUACAAGCUGUACAAAGUACAAGCUUUGGGACAACUGAUUAACUAUUAUAUGGAAAAACUGGUUAAGUUAAUUCAAUAAAUUUACGCAAGAGCAUCCGGGUGAUGGAAGGCCGGCUAUCCUCGACCCACGCUGGUUCUGGCCCAGCGGGGUAUUCCGUAGGGUAACCCACUCUAACCGGCUCCAUCUAGGCGGGCUUCGGACAGUCUGCCGACCGAGAGGGCUGCUGGUCGUGGCGCCGACGACCGCCAGUCCGGCGUCCCGAGGGGGAGGGUGAUGGGAGAGAUGUGCUCCGCAUUAAACGCUUCACUUUCCCCCCUUUGCUUUCUCAUGAGUUCUGUCUCAUGCGAGGUUUGGACGUUGGUUGUUGAGCGACAGGAGGCUUUAGUCAGUUCGACUCUGACAUACCCCGCCCAGUAUCCCCAGAAAAGGGUGGAAGUCCGGCGAUUACCUCAUGACCAAAAAAAAAAAAAAAUGUUAAUUCAAGGGGAUAUUUCAAAUGCUGACUAAGGACUUAGAAAGUACUUAAAGUGCUAAUCAAGCCCAAAUUGUGCAGGUGUCUUUAGAAGAACUGAAUUAAGCUGUGUUACGAACUCUUGCGUACUCGUAUUUUAAUUACUGCUUAUUGUUGGCUUUUCCCCAUGAACUGUAUUCUUGGACGGCUGAGACGGCCGACCUCAUCUCCUUUCGCGGCGGUAAGGCGACACCGGUGCCUCGGUCGAGUCUCGAGAAUCUCGCCAGUCGCACCACAGCACGCGUCGACUCGACAUAUUUUCAUCUAAGGGAGCUGAAAAAACAAAACCACCAAAAUGGACGCGAUCAAGAAGAAGAUGCAGGCGAUGAAGCUGGAGAAGGACAAUGCGCUCGACCGCGCUGCCAUGUGUGAGCAGCAGGCCAAAGACGCCAACCUUCGUGCUGAGAAGGCCGAAGAAGAGGCGAGACAGCUUCAGAAGAAGAUCCAGACAAUUGAAAACGAGCUCGACCAGACACAGGAGUCUCUCAUGCAGGUUAACGGAAAGCUCGAAGAGAAGGAGAAGGCUCUGCAGAACGCUGAGUCCGAAGUGGCUGCCCUGAACCGACGUAUCCAACUGCUGGAGGAGGACCUCGAGAGGUCCGAGGAGCGUCUCGCGACCGCCACCGCCAAGCUGUCCGAGGCCAGCCAGGCCGCCGAUGAAUCCGAGCGCGCACGUAAGGUGCUCGAGAACAGGUCGUUGGCGGAUGAGGAGCGCAUGGACGCCCUCGAGAAUCAGCUGAAGGAAGCCAGGUUCCUCGCUGAGGAGGCCGACAAGAAAUACGAUGAGGUUGCUCGUAAGCUGGCCAUGGUUGAGGCUGACUUGGAGCGCGCCGAGGAGCGUGCCGAGUCCGGCGAAUCCAAAAUCGUUGAGCUUGAGGAGGAGCUCCGUGUCGUUGGUAACAACCUGAAAUCUCUGGAAGUCUCAGAGGAGAAGGCCAACCAACGCGAAGAGGAGUACAAAAAUCAGAUCAAAACCCUCACCACCCGUCUGAAGGAGGCUGAAGCACGUGCCGAGUUCGCCGAGCGUUCCGUGCAGAAACUGCAAAAGGAGGUCGAUAGGCUUGAAGGUAAAUUAUACUGUAUUAUAUACGAUAUUUUACAAGGAAAACGAAAGAAGAAUUAUAAAUAUGUUCAGGAAACUCUAGCUUUUUUUUUUAGAUUAUAAAAGCAGUAUACAAAAUGUUAGUGGAAUCUUGAUUCGGAAUUCGAAAAUUUGUUGUUGGCAAUACAAACCAUAGAUUUCUCUUCAAUAUUUUUAGACAUACAUCGUACAGUGACUGCGCUUGUAAAUUAAUUGUAACUGAAUUCUACGGGGCUUUGUGCUAGCAGUUUCCUGAAAAUUAAAUUCCAUUUUACAAAUAAUUUCUAUUAUAAACUUUGAUUCUAUAAUGGUCCUAGUUUUCAAGGUUAUCCAGUUAUUACAGCAGUAAACGUCGUACAGCAGUUUGGUUAAGUUUAGAAAAAAUUCUCUCUAUGGUCAAGUACAAAUAACAGAGUUCUCUUUUAAAAAAAGUAACAAGUGCUUAAUUACACAUUGUACUUGUACUAAAAAAAUCAUUUAAAACCGUUUUAAUGAGUUUGCCUAAUUAUUUAAAAUGCUGUACUAUAUUUGAGAGCUUAAUUUUACUUUUGCUUUAAUUCUCUUUAAGCUUCACGUUUUUUUCUAUUUAUAAUUUACUUUAUUUUUAGUUUACUGUUGUAGUGUCUAUGAAACUUUAUAAUAAAGUUUUGUACACACUACUUUAGUUGUGUUAGCAUGGUUUAAUGUUAAAUACGACCUACUAGAAAACCGUACCUUUGGUGUUUUUUCAAUUGUGUAUUGGCAUGGUUUUUAAAUGUUGUUUUUAAGUUGCCUGCCUGUUUUGUAUGAUUCAAAUAUAAUCAUAUGACAGGUGACUGUAGUUUCCAGCAAUUUUGGUGAUUAAUUUUUUUAUGAAAAAGAAAUGUAUGGAUUCGAUUGUUGUAUCUGGAUUUGCUAGUCACUGUCAACGGUUAUGUUUGGAUGUUUGUUUGUUGUGGUGUGCGACUGACCCGUGGCCGCGUCCGAUCUUGCAGACGAUCUGGUGGCCGAGCGCGAAAAGAGCAAACUCCUGCAGGAGGAGAUGGAGGCCACGCUCCACGACAUCCAGAAUAUGUGAACACCGCGCUCCCCUCACUAGCCCGCUCGGCUUCCCCGUUCCGCAACUAAUCGCUUAGGGUUGCCGAAAAUAUUUUUCUACCAUUCUAUGGAAAAAAUUGUGUAGAUUAAUAGUUUAUUUAGAAUUUUAUUUUUCUUAUGAAUUUUUUAUAUUAAUUCACUUUCAUAUGAAUGAUGAAAUGACUUAUAGUGGAGUCGAGCGGGCUUCUAGAUGUUACUACUUUUAGAGUAAUUGCCAGCCGCUUUUUUUUUAUGUAACGUCAAAAUACCGAGUGUUUAAUACGCCACUGCCAAGUGCAAUUUUUUUUUUAAUUUUGAUACGCAAAGAAAUUAAUACUAAUACUAUUCCGUAUAACUGUUUGAGAGUGUAUCUCGCAUACUAUGUAGUCAUUAUUUUACGAGCGUGCCUGCGUAUGCCGAUGAUCGAUGUUUUAAUAUUUUUAUUUUAUCUUACAAACGCUUUUUUUACGGCACUCACGGUUAUUAUCUUAAUUACAUUCGACAUUCCAAUAUUGGGACCAAAAUGUGAUUUAAACGCAUUUUUUGCGCGACGGCUGAUUGUGAGUUCGAAUUAUUUUAAAGAUUGCACUUUUAUAAUUCAGUUUCUCCGUAAAGGCCUAAACGAGUUAUUUUGUUUUGGAAUAACCUAAUAAUAGCAUUUGUCUGUUUGUAUUUUUUUUAUUUCUCGCGAAAUAGAUUAAAUUCACAAACGAGCAAGACACACAUUGGUUUGCACUUUUGUUUGCGACUUAUCGCAAAAUGAAAUUUACUUAACACUUAGGAAGAGAUUAGAAAUUUUAUUUAAUGAGAGUUGGUAACACGUAAAUAUUGAUAUUUAUAGGAGUAUACUUGCUAUGAAGUAUUUGAUAUUCUAUUUUUGUUUCGAGUAUGAACAUUUCUUGUGUCAUAAUUUUGAGUUUGUUGUUAUUUAUUUAAAUUAAUCGAUGGUAUUACGAGUAUUCCUGAGCUGUAAAUAUGAACAGUACAGUAGUUUAUCGCCGGUAGCGCUGGCAACAUCUGCGACUUUUCUUCUACAAACGAUGUAGUAACGGAGUAGCGCUACCGUUACGUAUGACUAUCAAGGGAUUUCCGUCUUUACAAUGUUAUCGAUUAAUGAAUUGAUAAGUUCGUGAGAAAUAAAUUAAUGAUUUUUAAGAGUAUUCUAACACAAGUGUUUAUAAAUAUAUUGUAUUAUUAUUUUUA